CCGCCCCCGCUGGUGGACUUCCGAGCUCUGGGCAGGCGUGUUCCAGGCUGUCCCGCCCAGCGCUGCGCGCCGGUUAACAUCCCGAUCCCUGUCGUGGGUACUAUGGAGGCGGCAGUGGAGGGAGAAAUAGAAAAUGAUGACGGCGACAGCAGCUGCGGGGAUGUGUGCUUCAUGGACAAAGGCCUGCAGAGCAUAUCAGAGUUAUCUUUACAUUCGACCCUUCAUGCCAUCAAUCUUCAUUGCAAUAACAUCUCCAAGAUUAAAGCAAUUGAUCAUGUUUGGAAUUUACGAUAUUUAGAUCUGUCAUCUAAUCAAAUAAGUCAAAUUGAAGGGCUAAGCACACUGACGAAACUAUGCACUUUAAAUUUGUCCUGCAAUUUGAUUACAAGAAUAGAAGGACUUGACACACUAGUUAAUCUGACUAGACUGAAUUUGUCUUAUAACCACAUAAGUGAUCUUAGUGGGUUGAUGCCCCUUCAUGGACUUAAGUAUAAACUUAGAUAUAUUGACCUACAUAGUAAUUGUAUAGACAGUAUCCAUCACUUACUUCAGUGUACGGUAGGAUUGCACUUCUUGAACAAUCUUAUUUUGGAGAAGGAUGGAGAAAGUAAUCCUGUCUGUCAUGCUCCAGGAUACAGGGAAAUUAUUCUCCAGACUUUGCCACAGCUUAGAAUUCUAGAUUGCAAGAACAUAUUUGGUGAACCAGUUAAUUUGGCAGAUGUAAAUUCAUCACGCCUUCAGUGCUUAGAAGGCCUUUUGGAUAACUUAGCUUCUGAUUCUCCCCUAAAUAUAAGUGAAGAUGAGAUCAUUGAUAAUGUACCACUGGUGACUCCACCCAUCGAAGAGUUACCCACUUUGGAGCAGUUUCCAAGUACACCAGAUGCUGUUUUGACGUCAUUUUUAUCUGUAUGUCCACCUUCUGAGCCGGAGAAAAUUAAUCAUGAAAUAAUUAAUCAGAAUGAGAUGAAACUUCGGAAAUUAGAUGAUCAAAUUUUACAGCUUCUCAAUGAAACUUCUAAUUCUUUAUUGGAUAAUGUUCCUGAGAAAGACCUCAGACCAAAAAGAGACACAGAUAUAACUUCUGAAAGCGACUACGGAAACAGAAAAGAAUGCAACAGAAAAGUUCCUAGAAGAUCAAAAAUUCCAUAUUAUGCCAGAACUAUCCAAAGUAUUAAGCACCACAAUAAAAACAAUAGUGCUUUUGGAAGUUGUAACCGUAAAAUGAAACAACCUUACUUAAAGGACUUAUACAUAAGGUCAUCUUUAGCAAAUUGUAAUAUGUUACGAGAAUCAGACGACCAAAAGACUGAAUUAAUUAAAGUAGACAGAAGUGGCUCAGAAGACAACACUUACAGGUCCCUAGUUGAACAGCUGGACCAAGAGAGAGAAAUGAGGUGGAAAGCUGAACAAGCGGAAAAGAACCUUAUGGAUUACAUAGAUGAAUUGCACAAACAAGCAAGUGAAAAAAAAGAUGUUCAUAGCCUGGCUCUUUUUACCACAGACAGAUUAAAGGAAGUUAUUUUUAAGGAGAGAAAUUCUAAGGCACAACUUGAAGUCAUGGUUCACAAACUUCAAAAUGAAAUUAAAAAACUAACUAUUGAAUUAAUGAAAGCAAGAGAUCAACAGGAGGAUUAUAUUAGACACUUACGAACCCUGGAAAAAGCAUUAGAAAAAAUGGAGAGACAAAAAGGGCAGCAGCAAGCAGCACAGAUGAGACUUCUCCAAGAGGUAGAACUCAAAGCUGCAGCUGCUGAUAGAGAAAUAAACUUACUUCGAACUUCUCUUCACCAAGAAAAGGAGCAAGUGCAACAACUUCGUGAACUGUUGGCAUUGAAAGAACAGGAGCACAGGAAAGAACUUGAAACAAGGGAGUUUUUUAGUGAUGCUGAGUUCCAGGAUGCCUUAGCUAAGGAAAUAGCCAAAGAAGAAAGAAAGCAUGAACAAGAUAUAAAAGAAUACCAAGAGAAAAUUGAUGUAUUAAACCAGCAGUAUUUGGAUUUAGAACAUGAAUUCCGUAUUGCUUUAACUGUUGAAGCCAGAAGAUUUAAAGAUGUUAAAGAAGGUUUUGAAAAUGUUGCAGCUGAGUUAGCCAAGAGCAAACAUGCUCUUAUUUGGGCUCAAAGAAAAGAAAACGAAUCAUCUUCUUUAAUUAAAGAUCUAACCUGUAUGGUAAAGGAACAAAAAACAAAACUAGCAGAAGUUUCCAAAUUGAAACAGGAAACGGCAGCAAAUUUACAGAAUCAAAUCAACACUCUGGAAAUUUUGAUCGAAGAUGACAAGGAGAAGAGUAUUCAAAUAGAACUUCUCAAGCAUGAAAAAGACCAGCUUAUUUCUGAGCUAGCAGCCAAGGAAUCACUAAUUUAUGGUUUAAGGACAGAAAGAAAAGUGUGGGGACAUGAGCUGGCACAACAGGGAUCAUGUCUGGCUCAAAAUCGUGGAAAAUUAGAAGCCCAAAUUGAAAGUUUAUGUAAAGAAAAUGAAUCUCUGAGAAAAACAAAUGAAAGUGAAAGUGAUGCAUUAAGAAUAAAGUGCAAAAUGAUAGAAGACCAAACUGAAACAAUUAGAAAAUUAAAAGAUUGUCUACAAGAAAAAGAUGAACAAAUCAAAAUAUUACAAGAAAAGAUGACUGAAAUAGAAAAAUGUGCUCAACAACAACUUGAUGAAAAAUCUUUACAGCUGGAUAAUAUAAUAGAAAAACUAGAAAGGCACAAUGAAAGAAAGGAAAAAUUGAAAGAACAGUUGAAAGCAAAGGAGGUAGAACUUGAAGAAAUAAGAAAAGCUUACAGUACACUUAAUCAGAAAUGGCAUGAUAAAGGAGAACUUCUAAGCCAUCUUGAAACACAAGUAAGAGAAGUGAAAGAAAAAUUUGAAAACAAGGAAAGAAAACUUAAAGCAGAAAGGGACAAAAGUAUUGAACUACAAAAGGAUGCAGUUGAAAAGCUUCAUAGUAUGGAUGAUGCCUUUAAAAAACAAGUAGAUGCAAUUAUUGAAGCUCAUCAAGCUGAAAUAGUACAACUGGCAAGUGAAAAACAGAAAUGCCUUGAUUCUGCAAAUUUAAAGGUUCAUCGAGUUGAAGAAGAAAUGCGUGAACUUUUGGAAGAAACAUGCAAGAACAAAAAAGCGAUGGAAGCAAAAAUUAACCAACUUGCUUGUGCUCUAAAUGAUAUUCAGCGAGAAAUGUAAUGGUUUUGAGAACAAAUUUAAUUGAAAUGGACCAGCAGACCUCUUGUAAAAAUAAUUAAAUACUGUAACAGUAGUAACUAAUAUGACUUUGAAAUGUCUCUUUCUAUACAUUUCAUAUUGAAUAUUUUAAAAGAUUUUUGAUCAAGUAUUUAUUGUAUAUGUAGGUUUUUAUAAUACAUUUUUAAUUAUGUAUAUGAGAAAAAUACCUAUGAAAAUACCUAGACUUAGAACACUUUCUUGUUUUUGU